AUGGCGGCGGGCGGCGGAGGCGGCGGGCGGGCCUCGUCGUCGUCGUCCUCCUCCUCCUCCUCCUCGUCGGCCGCCGCCUCCUCUUCGUCGGCAGCGGCGGCGGCCGCUUUGGAGGCCUCGCUCGAUCGGAAGCUGCAGGCGGUCACCAACACCAUGGAGUCCAUCCAGGGCCUGUCCUCGUGGUGCUUGGAGAACAAGCGGCACCACAGCACCAUCGUCUGCCACUGGAUGAAGUGGUUGCGGCGCUCCGCUUUCCCCCACCGCCUCAACCUCUUCUACCUGGCCAACGACGUGAUCCAGAACUGCAAGCGCAAGAACGCCAUCGUCUUCCGCGACGCCUUCGCCGAGGUGCUCCCCGAGGCCGCCUCCUUGGUCAAGGAUCCAUCCGUGUCCAAAUCCAUCGAGAGGAUCUUCAAGAUCUGGGAGGACAGGAACGUGUACCCAGAGGAAACCAUCCUGGCCCUAAAGGAAGCUCUCAGUACCACCUUCAAAACCCAGAAGCAGCUGAAAGAAACCCUCAGCAAGCAGCAGAAUAAGGGCUGGAAGAAAGCCCCAGCAUCCACCAAUCCCAAAGCUGCUCUCAAGUCCAAGAUCGUGGCUGAGUUCAGGCCGCAGGCUCUCAUUGAGGAGCUGCUCUCCUACAAGCGCUCCGAGGAGCAGAUGGAGCUCAAGGAGAAGCAGCUUUCCACCCUGCGGGUCGACGUCUGCAGCACCGAGACCCUCAAGUGUCUCAAAGAUAAAACAGGAGGCAAGAAGUUCUCCAAGGAGUUCGAGGAGGCCAGCGCCAAGCUGGAGGAGUUCGUCAGCGGCCUGGACAAGCAGGUGAAGAACGGGCCCUCCCUCAGCGAGGCCCUGGAGAACGCUGGCGUCUUCUACGAGGCCCAGUACAAGGAGGUCAAGGUGGUGGCCAACGCUUACAAAACCUUCGCCAACCGAGUGAGCAACCUCAAGAAGAAGCUUGACCAACUGAAAGCCACGCUCCCCGACCCCGAGGAGUCCCCGGUCCCGUCCCCCAGCAUGGACGCACCCUCCCCAACCGGCUCCGAGUCCCCGUUCCAGGGCAUGGGAGAGGAGGAUAACGCCCGGUCACCGGCAGGGGGCAGCCGGAAGCCGGUGUCACCGGAGCCGGUGUCGGAUAACCGGGAUGUGGAGGACAUGGAGCUCUCUGAUGUGGAGGACGAUGCGUCCAAGAUCAUCGUGGAAGAGAGGAAGGAGAAGCCAACGGCUCCAGCACCCCCCAAGCCUGAGAGCAUCCCCAAAGCCGUGCCCAGCACCACGGCACCAACCCCGGUACCGGUGCCGGCACCAACCCAAGCCCCCCCGACCCCUCCGGCACCGAAGGCAGCGCCUGCCCCUCCGGCCCCUGCCCUUGCCUUGCCCAACCUGGCCAACGUGGACCUGGCCAAGAUCAGCUCCAUCCUCAGCAGCUUGACUUCGGUGAUGAAGAACACAGGUGUGAGUCCGGCUUCCAGGCCUUCCCCAGGCACCCCCACGAGCCCCACAGCUCUCAGCAGUGGCCUGAAGCCUCCAGCCCUGGGGCCCCCCUCUGCUCCUGCCAACCCCUUGGCCACCAUCCUCUCCAAGGUGGAGAUCACCCCGGAGAGCAUUCUGUCCGCUCUGUCCAAAACGCAGCCGCAGACGGCGCCGGCGCUCCAAGGUUUAUCCUCCCUGCUCCAGAGCGUGGCUGGGGGCUCCGGUCCAGCCAGCGAAGCCUCUUCCCAGAGCACCACGGCCUCUCCCGCCGGCACCACCAUUCCCAGUGGGAAGGGCAGGAGCGCUGCUCCUCCCAGCACCCAGUCCUUCCUAUCCAAAGGCUUCGGGUACUCCCCCAACUCCUCCAGCGCCGAGGUCUCCACCACCUCCGUUAACAAAGCCCCCGUCGGACCCCCCCAGGGGAUCCCCUCUUUUAAGCCUCCGAGCAAUUCCUUGGCCUUUCCCAGCUCCCACCCCCCGAGCCCCUCAUCCCUGAUCCCCACAGAAACCCCCCUGGCUCCAGGCUCCGAGCUUCCCAAGGCCAAGCUGGAAGCGGAGCCGCCUUCUCCCAGCCUGGAGAUGAAGAUCCACAACUUCCUCAAGGGAAACCCGGGUUUCAGCGGCCUCAACCUGAGCAUCCCCAUCCUCAGCAGCUUAGGGGCCAGCACGGCACCACCGGAGAGCCACGGGACCGACUUCCAACGGGCUCCCACCAUGGAGAACGUGGACGGGACGCCGGUGCGGGAUGAGCGGAGCGGGACCCCGACCCAGGAUGAGAUGAUGGAUAAACCCACUUCCAGCACUGUGGACACCAUCUCCUUGCUCUCCAAGAUCAUGAGCCCGGGUUCUUCCACCCCUAGCAGCACCCGCUCCCCGUUACAGAGCCGGGAGGAGGGGUACCCCCAAGAGCUUCCCAGCGCCGUGCAUCCCUACCGGCCCUUUGGGAUGGGCAGGGAAUCUCCGGGCGGGCUUUACAAGCAGCCUGGCGACAGCCUGGAGCUGCCUCCCUCCUUGCUGGAUUCCUCUCGGGAUAAGUUCUAUCCCGACGGCUCUUUCCAAGAGGACGAGGAUUACCGCGACUUCGAGUACUCGGGGCCGCCGCCGUCGGCCAUGCUCAACCUGGACAAGAAACCCACCAAAUCCAUCCUGAAAUGCAGGAAGCUUCCCGAAGGCGCGGAAUUCCAGCCCCUCCUGCCCGCCUACGCGCAGAGGGACUUUGGGGCCAAGGCCCCGUUCCCUCCUGCCGUGAGAUCCAUCCUGGAGCAGAGCGAGCCCUGCGACCCCUUGCCUGCGUCCCCAGGGCUCUAUGGGAGCUACGGCCUCCGCGGUAGCGAUUCCACCUCGGAUGGAUCCCAUUCCCCCGGGAAGAACGACGCCUUCUCCAACCACAACGCCCUGCCCAAGGCCGUGGCGCAUCCCAAGCCAUUCCCAGACUCUCCCCAUUCCCUUCCCCUCCGUUCCUUGUUCUCCUCCCAAACUCCCCUUCCCAACGUGGAGAAACCAUUGCCUUCCCCCCUCUCCACCACGUCCACCAUGGAAUUCAAGACCAUGCUCAAGAACGCCUCCCGCAAACCCUCGGAAGAGAAGCAUUUCGCUGCCGUUCCCAAAGCCGAGAGCGGCGAUCCCAAAGGCAAAGCCCAGGAGGAGCACUUCCGCAUCGAGACGCGCGUCUCCUCCUCCUCCUCCUGCCUGGACUUAGCUGAUAGCGGAGAGGAAAAGGGGGCUCCCAUUGAAACCUUGGGGUACCACAACGCUUCCAACCGCGGGAUGCCGGGAGAACCCAUCCAGACGGUGGAAUCCAUCCGGGGUUUGGGCAAAGGGAGCAGAGGCCACGGACGGGAAGGGAGCAGGGGUUGGUUCGAGCUUAGCACCGGUGCUGCCGGCGCCUUCACCAACGGCCCCUCGGAGCAUCCCGCUAUGGCGGCGGCGUUCCCAGCAUCCUACAAGGAGCACGUGGCCGCGCCGCCGCCGUUCCCGGAUGGCGUCAACAACUUCCGGGGCAACAGCUUCCCCCCGGCCUUCGAGCAUCGCUUGGCAUCGGCACCGCCGCCGCCGCCGCCGCCUCCUCCUAUGGAGCACGGGACUCCGUUCCCACGGGAUCCAGGGCCCCCCCCCAAGGACCACGGCGCCUUAUUCCCACGGGAUCGCCUGCCGGCCGUGGAUCACAGCAACCCCUUCGCCAAGGAAGCCUCGGCUCCGCUCGCGCUGCCCCCCCCCACUGUUGAGCACCCCAGCAUCCCCUUCCCCGCCCCCCCUCCGCCCCCCGUUCCCGGGGAGCAUCCCGGGGUCCCGUUCCCAUCCCAGCCUCCGGCAGCCGCCGAGCACGGAGCCGCCUUCCCCGCGCCGCCGCCGCCGCCUCCACCCCCGGCUUUGGAGCACGGCUCCCUCCACCCAGGGACACUCAAGGAGCAUUUCUCCAGCCACGGCCACGCCGCGGCCCGGGAAGCGCAGCCCCAAGGCCGGGAUCUGGGCCCGGCUCCGUUAUCCCGAGCUCGGGAGGCCGUGCCCAUGACGCCCUUGGCCGGGGCAGGGGGAGCAGCAGCAGCAGCAGCAGCACCAAGGCCUUUGGGUCCCCCCCCACCAAGCACUGGGGGCCGCGGGGGGGUGCUGCUCCGGCCCCCCCGCACUGAGUUCAGGCCCAGGGAGCCCUUUGGGAGCAGAGACCCCUUCCAUAGCCUCAAACGGCCACGACCCCCCUUUGGUAGGGGGGGGGCCCCAUUCUUCACCCCCAAACGCCCCUUUUUCCCCCCCCGGUACUGAAGCAGC